AUGUCCAAAAGGAGUCUUGGCAAUGAGUCCGGGCUACGAGCCCUUAAGAGGAUCCAACUACUGCGGAAGGAUCAGGACUUCAACAAGACCCUGCUGACCUCGUGGAAGGAGCGGAGGAGUGCUCCAACCUUGCUGCUGCAGUCGGAGGCUGUGGAUGUCUCGCCAGCUCUCCAACACCUCUGUAAACUCUUCUUCCAUGGACCUUGUCCGAGCCCGAUGCUCAAGGAGUAUAUCAAGGAAGCGAUCGUCAGCUGGUGGCCCACUCACUCUCAGACGGUUGCAGAGACGAUGAUGGGGAUGGUGGAGAAAGCUGAUCCGAGCAAGGCGCACCAGUAUCAAGCCGUUGUUGAGAUCGCAAAGGUGUUUGUGUGGAACGGUUGGUGCAAGCGUGAGGCGGGCAAGCUUUCUCUGUGCGAUAUGCCGGAGGAUCAGCUGCCGACAAAUGUCGUGCUGCCAUGCCUGAGAAUGUUUUUGAAGGGAAUCAAACAUUGGAACGAGACCGUGAAGCUCUCUGCGACUGACCCACUGGCGAUGCAGGAGCUCGUGGACGGAUGUGUGGAGAUGAACAUGGAACUCUGUGUUGCUUCGCUCAAGAGCGUUCUUCAUUCUGACUUCUUCUUUGAGAACAUGGUUCACAUCGCGAUGGUCAACGCGCAAGAUUGGGAGGGAUUUUCAUCCGACGUCCAUGAGCUGUAUCAGAGCAACAAAUCGUCUACCAAGUUGCAGAGCCUAUGGAAUGACCUCAAAGUCUACAACGAUCCUCUGCAGCUCUGCCUCCUAUGUGAGCCCUCUCAUCUCAGAGACACUCUUGGUGUAGACAUGCAGAACGAUGACGUCACGAGGAGAACGCUGAUGUUGGCUAUGUGGUCGACCAUGGAUCGCUCGAGUCACAGCAGUGCGGACAUUGACGACAUGGCCUUGUUCAUGCAUGACAUCAGAGACUUGCAGGGCUCUCGCAGCGUUCACUUUGCCUACAACCUCUGGCUCUCUUUGCUCUUCAUCUUGAGCAGCUCCAAGCUCGGGACCCCCGACCGUAUCGUUGCCCGUCACUUCCUCCUCUGGCACUUGCCCAAGAUCAUCCUGUCUAUCGGGCAGGUCGAGAACGAGGUCAAGAUCUGGACGCGGUCGCCCUUCAUGGGCAUCUUGCAGGUCGAGGACCUCCUAGGAGCGCAGGGCGUCAUCGAGCAGGCGUUUGCACGCGUGCGGCAGUGGCCGCAGUUCCUGCAUGUCAAUGUUCCCUCAGCUCCCACCAACACGCCCGACGUCUGGAACCUAGUCUGUGACGCCUUCACUGAUCUUGGAGCCAUGGACGAGCAGCAGGUCCGCAUGCACAUCAAGCCGCUGGUCCAGUGGCAGAAACCCGCGCCGGAGAGCACGAGCCGGGAUGACCUGCGGAAGAACGUGGCUCCCAAGUGUGUGGAGGACGUGCUUGCGAUCGAGAGCAUGGUACAGGACGAGUGCCGCAACAUGGCGCACAUCCACAGCCAGGUGACUGGCAACGCGCCCGUUCUGCAGCUCUGGAACUUGCUGUGUGAGGAGGUCACCAAGGGCUCCCGGUGCAGCGCUGAGUCAGCGCGGGUGAUCGCGACCUUCCUCGGAGUUCCUCCUGACCUCGCCAACGACCCUGUGCCCGUAGCCGUCUACGUUCACUUCCUCAACAACGUCAUCAAGUCUCCUGCCACCAUGGACAUCGUGAAGGCUCAGCGGUACCUCGAGAACGUUCUGUUCGGCAUCUCCUUCCGCCUCGACGUCCUCGGGAGCAGAAUGCCGAGCUCAGCGCCGGACUCUCCGAACUUCGAAGUUCACAAGCAGUUUGGCGACAUCUUCCUGAUCGCCUGCCUGAUCGUCAACCGUUACAAGCUCCACCAGAGCGACAUCUUCAUGGAGAGUCUGGAGCGCGAGUCCCUCAAGUGGACGGCAGAGGAUGCGCGGGGCUGCUACGCCUGCUGGCUGCGGCGGCACUCGGAGAUACAAAAGUAUGGCAAGCUGAACAUGGAGGACCGAACGGUCGAGAACAAGCUCGUCGAGUCUGUUUUCAAUCAGAACUGGGGCAAGAAGGCGGAGCUGGAGAAGGCUGUCAAGACCUUCACAGCUUGGGCUGUGCUGGAGUGUGUUCCAAGCUUUGCCGAGCGAGUGUUUCAAGGGUGCUGCGCUGAUCGCAUGCAGUCUCAGGCAGCUGCGCAGGCGCUGCACAUGCUCAUCAGUGUCGUGCGGUACGCGAUGGUGGACACUGUCGCUCAUCUCUGCAUGCAAGCGACUUCGCACAGGACGGAGCAGGGAGGGAAGAACGAGGCCGUGUCUUGCAAGAAAGCCAUCGAAGUCCUGCUGAAGCUCCUCACGGACUUGACAGCAGACGAGACGAAGCCUCUCAUCGUCAUCGAUCGCAACAUGUCCCUCGUCCUCCACAGGCUGCCGGAAGACAGCGCAUCUCAGCUCAAAAAGAAGCUCCAGAGCUCCCUCGACCUCUCGCCCAUCGACCUUCUCAACCACAAGAAGGUCAUCUAUGACGUGCUCGUCAGCAUUCACCGGGGAGGCCCCCAGCUGCAGCAUAGCGAAGCCAUGCGUCUCCUGCGUCGGAGGAUCGAGCCCUACGAGCUCGCCAAGGGGAUGAUAGACGAGGUUAUCUUCCUGUCCUCGCAGGAUGUCAACGGAAGGAACUUGAUAGCCGAGUCUUUCAUGCUCGAAGUCCUUCCCUCCAUGCUCCUGCGGCUUGAGAAUCAACGCCAUGCGCUGCUGCUUGCCAGAUUCACCACCAUGCUCGCCAUAGCCAACGGCUGCAACGCAUGGAAGUCUCUUCGGCAACGGAACUUGAUGGGCACUGGCGACAUGUCUGUCAACGACGGGGCCUCGCAUGCGCAGGCGGGUGAGAGGAGCGAGGGGCGGGAGGUGAAGUCGCAGCAGGUGGCGGUCGAAGCAGCCUUCGGUCAAGUGCCGCACAUCCUGACUAGGCUCUCCACCUUGUACUCCACUAAGACUGGCCUAAGGGAUGCUAAGGAGGCGUCGAUGCUCUCCUUCGCUCUUUCCAUGCUGUCCAACGCCCUCCGCGUCCGCUGGCUCUCGCAGUACAUGGACCUGAUGGUGGCGGCCGAGGCACUAAGAAGGAUGGGCUUCCACCGCCUUGCUUGGCUCGCCAUCGACACGCUAAACCGACCGCAGCAGAACCCCAUCUAG